UGAUUGACGUUGUGAUUGUGUCAAAAUAAUAUUUCAUCUGAUUGUGUGAGUGAUUGUCACGCAAGGCAAGGCAAGGCAAAGCAAACCAAAAUUAAAAGCAUUUAUCAAAUCUAAAAUCACGUCGCAUUGCAGAAGCAAAUAAAUAGGAGAAAAGAAAGCGAAGUAGAGGUCGAUUAAAAGAUCAACAAAUACUAAAUCAUGGAACCUAAUCCCGUAAUUAUCGCAGCCACAGCGAAACAAACAGCUUCGCUCAUAUUUUUCCAUGGACUGGGUGACACAGGCCAUGGCUGGGCUAGUACAAUUGCCGCAAUCAGAGGUCCUCAUGUUAAAGUAAUUUGUCCUACUGCUUCAACUAUGCCUGUGACAUUGAAUGCAGGAUUCCGUAUGCCUUCAUGGUUUGACUUGAGAACUCUUGAUGCUACUGCCCCUGAAGAUGAAGAAGGAAUUAUGAGAGCCACUACUUUGGUUCAUGGAUUGAUAUCUGAUGAAGUAAAGGCUGGCAUUCCCGCUAACCGUGUGUUAGUGGGUGGGUUUUCUCAAGGCGGCGCUUUAGCCCUCCAUGCCGCCCUAACAUACUCACAGCCCUUGGCCGGCGUAAUGUCCCUGUCCUGCUGGCUACCAAGACAUGCACAAUUUCCUGAUGGAGUUAAAGCGCCCUUAGAUUUACCUAUAUUCCAAGCGCAUGGUGACUGUGAUCCUGUUGUCCCAUUUAAAUGGGGUCAAAUGACUGCAUCGUUUCUGAAGACAUUCAUGAAGAACAUUGAGUUCAAUACAUACCAAGGAUUGACACACAGCUCAUCGGAAGCAGAGCUGAAAGAUAUGAAAGCAUUUAUAGAAAGGACUUUGCCAGCAAUCAAAUGAAAUAAGUAAUUUCCUAACAUGCCUAACUUUAUGAAGAAAAAGAUGUUAUAAUAAUUAGUCACUUUAAUUGAAUUUAAUACUAAUAGAGCAUUCCUAUCACAAAAGAGGCGCUUCUGGUACAACCUACCUUGGUAGAAUUUUUCAAAUAAUGUUUCAUGCUACUUAUUUAUUCAGUAUAAUAAUAAAUUCAGUCUGUUAAGCUUAAAGUAGAUUUAAAUGAAGUAUACAAAUAAAAACUUCUAGUGUUA